GGUGAAUUGGCCCUCUCACCCUUUGACCUCAUCCUGCCCCGCACUAACCCGCUUGGCUCAGUGUUAGCCCCCGCCAUAUAGUUACUACCAUGGAUUCCGAUUCGUCACUUGGUUCUCUACGUCACUGGUCACGCCUGGACGUUCUCUCGUCAUACAUACAUAGGUACAUACCAUAAACGUCCAUAUAUAUAAUACCCUCUUGCUCCCAACAUGGCCUCAGACACUCUAUCACUCAUCCACGACUACUACGCUAAAAAGCCAACCGACCUAUCGGACUUCAUUCGUAAGGAAGCAGAGUCUUCACAACAAAAAAAUUCAUCAUCAUCAGAUUCCACUUUACCUAAGAACGACGUCGACGAUUACCUUUCGAAAAAGGCAAAAGGUCUUGAAAUCACAGAAGAAGACAGAAAGCAAUACGUCAGAGAACUACAGAUCGUAGGCUCCAAGAACCACUUCCAAAAACAUAGGCCACAGAAGAAGGAAGCAAAUAUGCCUGUCCACCCAGCUGAGGAAAACGCCACUGGCAACAUCACCGACAAGGUCGCCAAGGAAUCAUCGGAUUCCACCGCCUCUUCGCAUCCUGCGCACCAGGAGGACAAUAAGGCCACGUCGGGUGGUUCUGUCAGUGCAAAUGCACAUAAGGCUAAUCUCGGCCCGGUCGUCGACCAGGACAUUGGCAAACCGGCCAGCAGGGACGAGCUCAAGGCCCGAUCUGAGGAGUUGAACAAAUAGAGGACUUCGAAGGUAGAGCAAGCCAGAUUCCCUUCCACAAUAACCUUGAUGGUGGCUUGGUCAAAAGUCUAGUGGACAGAAACACUACAUACUACUAUAAUUAAUCCAUUGAUUCCUACGAAGUAACU